CAAGACUUGCAUAGAGGAGAGGCGAGAUGAGAAAUAAUCAAAAUGGACAUUAUUAGUGUUCUUCCUCAAGAGUGCUUAUCCAAAAUCAUCUCCCUUACAUCUCCCAGAGAUGCCUGCAGAUUAUCCGCAGUUUCUCCUUUCUUCAAAUCCGCUGCCGAUUCUGAUGCCGUUUGGAAGACGUUUCUGCCGUCAGAUUACCACCGAAUCAUUUCCAACUCGGCCUCAUCAUCUCUGUUGACGACUUGCUCCUCCAAGAAGGAUCUUUACUUUCAUCUUGCAAAUAAACCCAUCUUCAUCAACAGCGGCAAAAUGAGUUUUGCACUUGAGAAAGAGAGUGGAAAAAUAUGUUGCAUGAUUGGUGCAAAAGCAGGGAUUUCUCUGACAUGGGAAAGCAAAUCCUACUGGACAUGGCCAUCUUUGCCAGAAUCCAGGUUUCCUGAAGCGGCUGUACUGAGGCCUGUUUGUUGGUUCGAAGUGAGGGGAAAAUUAGAGACCAAAAUCUUGUCCCCCGAAACCCCCUACGCAGCUUACCUUGUGUACAAGUUCGCUGAUUCCAGAAAUGGGUUUGACACAAGACCUGUAGAGCUGUGUUUCUACGUUGGAGGAAUGGAGGAGGAAGAAAGAAGAAAGGUAUUUCUCGAAGCUCAUGCAGGUGUGCAAGAUCGAGGAGAGGGGUGGAUGGAGAUUGAGAUUGGUGAAUUCGUUAAAAAGAAUGUGGAAAAUGGAGGCGUGGUGUAUAGUCUGUUUGAUUUUGAUGGUUUCAGCAGCAAGCAUGGACUUAUUAUACAAGGAUUUGAGCUGAGGCCUAAAAAUGUUUGAUCAAUAAAUAAGCUUUUGUCAAGCUGUAUCCUCUCUCGGUGGGCAUAUUUGCAUUUCUAGAAAUCUAACUCCUGUUUUGUGUACUA